AUGACCACAACGUGCGCCGCCAAACAUCAAUCCUCCCUGCAAGCACUAAAAAUUCCAAUAGUAAUCGUAGAAGAAGCAGCCGAAAUCUUGGAAUCCCACAUCAUCGCCGCUUUGACAACGCACUGCGAACAUCUGAUCCUGAUCGGGGACCACCAGCAAUUGAAACCCUCAACAGCAAACUACAAAAUCGAAACCAAAUUCAAGUUGGGCGUCAGCCUCUUCGAACGGAUGGUCUUGAAUAACAUUCCAUGCCAUACGCUGAAUAUCCAACACAGGAUGAAACCGGAAAUUGCCAAUUUGAUUAGACCGGCGAUCUAUCCUGCGUUGAAGGACGGUAAUUCCGUUCUAAGAAGGGAUCCUGUCAGAGGUAUUGAACGGGACUUGUUUUUUAUUGAUCACAACGAGGAGGAGAAGCUGUGUAACGAUAACAGCAAAAAGAACGUACACGAAGCGAAAUUUUUGAUGACGUUGGCCAAGCAUUUGAUUUUGAACGGCUACAAACCGGACCAAAUCGUCGUGUUGGCGGCUUAUUUGGGUCAGAUGUUUGAGAUGGAGAGACAAAAGUGUCAUAUCGCUAAAGACGUUAGAAUAGCUGUUUUGGACAAUUAUCAAGGUGAAGAGGCAGAUAUUAUUUUGCUAUCAUUAGUAAGAAAUAAUAGCAAUAACAGCAUCGGCUUCUUAAAACUAGAAAACAGAGUAUGUGUAGCACUGUCUCGAGCCAGAAACGGACUUUACAUCAUGGGCAAUAUGAAACUGCUUUGCAGUAACAGCGAAAUAUGGCCAAAAAUUCAAAAUACUCUUCAACAACAAGAAGCUAUAGGUUCACACCUAACGCUACGCUGCGUCAUACACAGGCACAAGGUUACCAGAGUAACAACUGCUAGCGAUUUUGCGAAUCUCCCUCUAGGUGGCUGCGAUUUGGUAUGCGAAACACCCUUAAAUUGCGGCCAUGUAUGUCUUAGAUCAUGUCACAUCGAAGAUAGGGAGCAUGCUGAGUACAAGUGCAGAAAGACUUGUGGAAAAAUACUUUGCGACGAUCAAAGUCACGUUUGUGAUAAAUUGUGCUAUGAAACAUGCGACCCUUGUUCCUACCCAGUAGAAAGACACUUAAAGUGUGGUCAUGUGGUCAAGAUCGCCUGUCAUUUGGAUCCGACAACCUACAAUUGCAGAAUAGCUGUCGAAGCUACAUUGCCGUGCGGUCACGUGCAGUACAUCGCGUGUCAUAUGGAUCCGAUAACGUACAAUUGCCUCAUACCUGUCGAAGCGACGUUGCCGUGCGAUCACAUAACUAUGAAACCUUGUUACAUGGACAAGAAGACCGUUGAAUGUCCUUUUCCCUGCGACAAUAGAGUGGAACCCUGUGGACAUUCCUGCGAGAAGAAAUGUCACGUAAUGAUCGACCCCGAUCAUUUGGAUUAUUCCUGUCGAAAGCCAUGCGAUAAGAUUUACAAAGGUUGUACCGCAGACGAACCUCACAUUUGCCAAGAAUACUGUUCCAAAGAUUGCGGAAACUGUCCAGUAUUAGUGUGCAAGACACGCUCAUGCGGUCACAUAUUCGAAAUGGAAUGCAGUAUAAAUCCCGAAGAUAUAGUUUGUGAAGAACCUUGUAAGAAACUUUUAAAUUGCGGUCACAAAUGCGAAGAAACUUGUAGCGACCCUUGCGGGUUAUGUAAAGAAAAGCUGACGACAACAUUUUCGCCCAAAAUUGCACGGAACCUUGUAACGCUCAGUUGA